UGUGUUACUAAACAGAUAAAGUCACAUAAAUUUGUGUCUUUCUUUCCUCUCACUAAAGCUAAGCACGAGAGAAGAAAAUGGAGAGAUCGGCGAUAACGGAGACGUGGCUGAGGAAGCACCGUCAGAUCUACCAGCGAGCAACUCGGCACCCUUUCAUCCUCUCAAUCCGCGACGGCUCCCUUCAUCUCUCCUCCUUCAAGCGCUGGCUGGGUCAGGAUUAUGUGUUUGUGAGAGCAUUUGUGCCUUUUAUUGCUAGCAUAUUGCUGAAAGCUUGGAAGGAAAGUGAUGAUAACACAGAUGUAGACAUAAUCUUGAGUGGCAUAGCUACUUUGAAUGAUGAGGUUUCAUGGUUCAAAAGGGAAGCUUCGAAGUGGGGCGUUGCCCUCGACACCAUCGUGCCUCAACACGCUAACCUCGCCUACUGCAGUUUCCUGGAGAGCUUGAUGAGCGCAGGCGUGGAUUACACGCAGGCCGUGACAGCAUUCUGGGCGAUUGAGGCUGUUUAUCAAGAGAGCUUUGCACACUGCUUGGAAGAUGGCUGCAACACUCCAGAUGAGCUCAAAGAGACCUGCCAGAGAUGGGGCAACGACGGCUUUGGCCAGUACUGUCGCGCCCUCCAAAGCAUAGCCAAUCGCCAGUUGGAGAAGGCGUCUGACGAAGUGGUAGCCAAAGCCGAGGCUCUCUUCAUAAGGGUGCUUGAGCUUGAAGAUGAAUUUUGGAACAUGAGCACUUGCACUAUGUGAAGCUUAUACCUUAAUUUGCACAAGACUUGUUUAAUCUUGUACAUGUAAAAAAGCAAUCUUGCAAUGAAUGACAAAUUGUUUGAUUUCAUCAA